AUGUCCGUCGUUGCUGUAGCUGGCGCGGGUAACGUGGGUCGCACAAUUGUUGAGACUCUCGUAAAGACUUCAAAUUACAAAGUCAUUGUUCUAGGACGCAAGGUUCAAACAGUUUUGGAUAACGUUCCCAGUUACGCCGUUGACUAUACUGAUGUCGAUGCAACCGCCAAAGUCUUGUCUCAGCACGAAGUAAAGGUAGUCAUUUCUACCAUUCAAGUAACUGACGAGACAUCAUCUACUGCCGAGGUCAACCUCAUAAAAGCCGCAGGGCGAGCACCAGCUGUAGCCCGAUUUAUUUCUAGCAGCUGGGGAUCGCUUCCUAGUGAGACAUCCCCUACAUCGAAAUACCAAAAGGCUUCCGAAGCCGCCUUACGCAGCACCACGCUCGAAUGGACACGAUUCUCCGUUGGCUUUUUCAUGGAUUACUACGGUAUUCCUGCGAUCGAAACCCAUCUGCCACCUAUGUCUUUUGCUGUCGACAUGAACAGCAAUAAAGCAGCCAUCCCUGGGACAGGAAAUGAACCAAUAGCUCUCACCUACUCAUACGACGUUGCUAAAUUUGUUUCUGCAUACUUGGGUGCUCCAAAAUGGGAAGAGAUAACCUAUGUAUACGGAGAGAAAACGACCUGGAACGCAUUCAUCAAAGUAGCGGAAGAGGUGACAGGUACCCAAUUCGAGGUAUCAUACGAUCCCAUUGAGAAACUGGCAAGAGGAGAAGUUACUGAGCUCCCCUCUCACAAAGAAGAACUGGCAAACUUUCCGUUUCCAGCGCCUAUUGCUCGGCAGCUUUUGGCACUUCUUGGAAGCUGGGUAGUUAGAGGGCAGUUUGACAUCCCUACUGAAAAGUCUCUCAACAAGAGCUUUCCAGAUAUCAAGCCUAUGGGGAUUCGAGAAAUGCUUCUCGUGAGGCAAACCUCUUAG